GCCAUCUUGCAUGCGUUUCCUUGGUGAUCCAUGAGGGGUGCGUGUCAAAACAAACUUUUGAUUGUCGUACAAGUUGUCUGGCAGUUUGGCACGCUCUUAUACUUUUUAGCAGUGCAUCUUGGUCUUGAUGUUUAUUCAACAUGAGAACACAAGUAACUUGGGUUGAUAAAGUUCAAGGCAAAUCUGAACAAUGUAUAUAUGAUUUAUGCUAUAAUCCAAGUGGAACACAAUUAAUAGUAGCUGCAGGACAGCAUGUAUUAGUUUAUGAAUCUAAUGACGGUGCUUUAAUUCAGUUAUUAAAAGGACAUAAGGAUGUUGUUUAUUGUGUCUGUUAUGCAAAAGAUGGUAAAAAAUUUGCCUCUGGGAGUGCAGAUAAGACCGUUAUUAUAUGGACAUCUAAGUUAGAAGGAAUUUUAAAAUACUCGCAUAAUGAAGCAGUGCAGUCAAUGCAAUUCAAUCCAGUGUCACAUCAAUUGCUAAGUUGCUCUCUAUCUGACAUUGCACUAUGGUCAGCAGAGCAAAAAGCUGUUCAAAAGCACAAAUCUGGAGGAAGAGUUAAUUGCUGUUCAUGGACUAAAGAUGGCCAAUAUAUGGCUUUAGGCUUGGCAGCAGGUUUUGUUUCUAUAAGAAACAAGGCUGGAGAAGAGCGAUUGCGGAUUGAUCGUUCAGGAGAUUCACCUAUUUGGAGUUUAGCUUGGAGUCCUGCAAGAGAGGAUCCAACAGAUAUUAUUUGUAUCGGCGAAUGGAGUGGAGUUUUGUCAUUUUACACUAUAAGUGGGAAAUUGAUUGGACGAGAAAGAAAUUUAAACUUUGUGCCCUUAAAAAUGAUAUAUUUUCCCAGUGGCCAGUACAUUAUUAUUUCUGGUAGUAAUAAACAAUGUAUUCUAUUAUCUCAUGAUGGAAUUCAGUUGGCUACAAUUGGAAAUACUUUCACUUCAUGGACCUGGAGUUAUGCAGUACAUCCUGAAUCAUCACAUGUUGCAAUAGGAUGUCAGGAUGGAACAAUAUCUAAUUUAGAUUUAUCAUGGAAUGUUGUUCAUGGAUUGUAUAAAGACAGAUAUGCAUACAGAGAAAAUAUGACUGAUGUGAUUAUUCAACAUUUGAUUACUAAUCAGAAAGUUCGAAUUAAAUGCAAAGACCUGAUUCAGAAAAUUGCCGUGUACAGAGACAGAUUAGCUGUACAAUUGUCAGAAAGAGUUAUAAUUUAUGAACCCUCAGGAAAUACCGAGGACAUGCACUAUCGAAUCCGAGACAAAUUGGCCCAAUCAUUAGAAUGUAGUCUGUUGGUCGUCACCACAAAUAAUUUAAUGCUCUAUCUGGAUAAACGACUUCAAAGUCUAUCAUUCACUGGUAUUAUUGAAAGAGAGUGGAUUCUUGAUGGUCCCGUUUGCUACAUUAAAGUCGUUGGCGGUCCGCCUGGCCAAGAACGUCUAUUAGCUGGUUUGAAAAAUGGACAAGUAAUGGAAAUUUAUUUAGACAAUCCAUUCCCUGCUCUAUUGGCCAAAGUUGAUGGAGCAGUGAGGUGUGUUGAUAUUAGUUUGAUGAAAGACAAAUUAGCAGUUGUAAGUGAUCAGGGAGUUCUUUCAGUGUUUGACAUUUAUAACGAUAAAAAGUUACAAGAGUUCCACGAUGUAACAAGUGUUGCCUUUAACAGCGCCUUUGAAGAAAUGAUGUGCUUUUCUGGGCAAGAUUACCUAGCCAUCAAAGUCGCUAAUUUCAAUGAAUACAAACAAAAAUUUUCAGGUAUUGUCGUGGGUCUCAAUGGUUCAAAGAUGUAUUGCUUACAUGGUGCAUCAAUUUUGACAAUGGAGAUGCCAUUAUCGUCAUCCAUGUAUCAGUGUUUGGAAGCCGAAAUGUUUGACAAAGCUUAUGCCAUUGCUUGUCUCGGAGUAGCAGAUUCAGACUGGUUCGCUUUAGGCGUUGCAGCUCUAGAUCAUCUGGAAUUCGGCAUAGCUUACGAAGCGUUCGCUAGAACUAAAAAAUUGCGCUAUGUCGAAAUCGUUUCCGAAAUCGAGGAGAAGCUCAAAUCUGGCGAGUGGGGAAGAGAAGCUUGCAUGGCUACAGCUGCUGCGGCGAUGGGCAGGUUGCGGGAAGCGGCGAAACUCUAUCAAAAAGCUGGACUACAACAGCAAGCUUUGGAUAUGUAUUCCGAUUUGAGGAUGUUCGAUAUUGCUCAAGAGUUUAUUGCCACUGGUAACAGUCAAGAUAGGACUACACUGCUCAGAAGAAGAGCAGAAUGGGCCAAGAGCUUGGGCGAACCGCGAGCUGCAGCGGAGAUGUUCUUGUCUGCCGGAGAUGUGCAAAGAGCUAUUAAAAUAAUAUCAGAGUAUGGCUGGAUCGAUAUGCUGAUAAAAGUAGGUAGACAACUCGACAAAGCCGAGCGGGAUAGCCUGUCCACGAUUGCUAAAAAACUCCGGCAAUUGGGAGCAACACAUGGAGCGGCAGAAAUAUUUAGCCGCUUGGGAGAUGAUCCAGAUGUGGCCGAUGUACUCGUAGAUGCUCAAGCGUGGCACGAAGCAUUCGAACUUGCCGAGAGAAACCCAAAACUCAAAGCGAGAGUAUACGGACCAUACGCAAGAUGGCUAGCGGAAACUGGACGUUUUUCGGAGGCGCAAAAAGCUUUUCAAAUGGCUGGACAGCCGGAAGAAUCGAUUAUGGUUUUAACGACACUAGCAAAAAAUGCAGUAUGUGAAAAAAGAUUCCGAGAUGCGUCAUACUUUUAUUGGCUUUUGUCCCAAAUAACGCUUGAUCUACAAAGAAGUGCAGAAGAAAUAAAAGCUCAGUUUAUGGCGUAUUACGAUAAAGCUGACAUCUAUUAUGCUUAUCACGAAGUAUAUAAAUACUUGGAAGAACCCUUCACGGCCUUGAUGCCCGAAGCUUUAUUUAAUAUUUCAAAAUUUUUGUUAACCAAAAUUCAAAACACCAAGUUAGAGGGUGUUUCAAAGUUGACCAUCAUGUAUGCGCUCGUGAAGCAAGCGCGAUUGUUGGGAGCAAAUAAGUUGGCUAUGCAAUUACUCGAUCGUUUACGAAGUAUGAAAAUACCGAAGCAUUUGCUGACACAAAUCGAAACCUGGAUGAUAGCUAUCAAAGCAUAUCCGUACAGGGACCCCGAAGAAUUGUUGCCGCUUUGUAACAGGUGUUCAACAUACAACGCGCUGUUGCCCACCAACAAUGCAUCCGGUAGCAGUUGCGCUCAAUGUGGUCUUAAAUUUCAGUAUUCAUUUGUUAUGUUCGAAAUUUUACCUUUAGUAGAGUUCGAAUUGGAACCUGGCAUCACGGAUGAAGAGGCAGAUAAACUAAUUGAAGAACCUGUUCAGUCUACUGAUAAUUCGAUCGAUACCGAAAAUCAAUUCACCGUUUCUACAAAUCAAACUGAUUUAUUCAUGGCUCGAUUAGUGCAAUACGAGGACAAAAUUGGUGGUUCCACAGUAACCGUUGGUCGGAGUGUUUUAAAAAGUAUGGAUUCAUCUUCAGUAUUAAUUGUGAAAUGGCCAAAACCAUUCACUACUAGAUAUUACAGGAAUCUGCUGCCUGAUCUACAAGUUACAUGUUGCAAAUCUUGCCUAAAAUUAUUCCACACAGACGACUACGAAUUGGCGUUACUUCGUUACAAUCACUGUCCGUUUUGUCGAACCCCUAGUAAUACGGUUAAUCAGAAUUCUUGAAAUUGAAAAAAGUGAUUUUUAUGAGAAAUAUAAAUAGUUGUUAAGUUUUAAUCAUAUCAUGAGAAAAUUUUUACAAAAAUUAUUGAUGAUUGUUAACAAAAUAUAUAUUUUAUAAAAAAUAAUUCAAAAAUCAUCAAAAAUUAAUAGAUGCUACUUAUUUAUUGCAAAAGCAACUCUUUCCUUACAUAAUCUGCAAGAUAUGAACUUUUUGCAAAGCAUAUAUUUUGUCACUUCCUUUGGCAAACAGUCUACUUUUUGUUCUUUCCAGUACAUAUCCACCAUUUUACGUUUAUCAGAACUUUCGUGUUAAUAAAGGAUAAUGUCAAUCCUUGACUGUUUGAAAUAUUACCAUAAAGGCGGUGCGCUUGAACGUGUUAUCAUGAUCGUAAUGUUCCAUGAGUAUAAAGCUGCAUAUUUACGAUUCUUGGACUUGGUGUCAAAGUUUACAAUCCAAUAAAGUAUAACGAAGAUCCAAA